CAGCUGAUGCUGCAGUGUGACCAAAACAAACAUGGCGGCCACAGUAACGACGGUAAACACACAUCAUCAUCGAGGCUUCUGUGUGUCUUUCUCUCCUCCAUCUCUCUCUUGAUUUCACCCGUCGGGGGUUUUAACAGAGUGUACGUUUCAUAAACUCACCGUUUAACCCGUCUAAAUGUUUCUGGACCGUGUUUAUUUUAACCGGAGAGAAUAAAAACUAAACCCGGAAAGUGAACGGAAGUGUCCGUCUCUGGUUUGAAACCAAACAUCCGCCUCUGGUAACGCGUGUGUUUACUAUCUUAUCUCACCGCUUCAGCGCAACAAACACGUAGAAAACAUGAAGAAUAUCGUCCUUUUAACGAAAGGAGUGGUUGUGUAUUGUUUCGCCUGACUCUAAAGGACAAGACGGUGUGAACAAGAUGUAGCUAACGUCUCCACCUGAGCGGUAACCAUAGAGACACACUACCAUGGGUUUGGUGAACUUUGUCAUCUCCACUGUAGGAAAAUGCCUCGACGCCGUCUGCUUACUGCUGGACCUGAAUUUCCUCAUCGUGCACACCGUGGUGCGGACCAUCCUGGCUGUUAUCACCUUCAUCACCAGCCUGCCCAGCCUCCUCCUCACCUCGCUGCUGGAGCUGGGCAACCUCACCCUCCUCUGCUUGAUAUCCACUGCAGAGGCGACGUCAGACGUAGCCCACGGUACUGUCACCAUGCUGGGCAGCUUGCUGCUGGCUCUGGAGGGGCUGCUGGAGAGCCUGAAGAUGGUGGGCUACCUGUCCAUGCAUGUGCUGCUUCGUGGGAAGGAGCACCUGUGUCGAGGUCUGCUGUGGUUGCUGGAGGGCUGCGGCAUCGCUGUGAGUCUGGUGGUGUAUUUCACCAACACCGUGGUCAACUAUGCACUCAUUGCCACCCAGAACGUGUACUCGGUGGUGGUCAGCGUGUGGCAGACGGUGUCCAGCCCGCUGCAGAAGGUGCUGGAGCUCACGCUGACCUCCUUCACCUUCCUGUACAGCACCCUUGCCGGGACUUCCGCUUUCCUGUGGUCACCCUGUAAGCUGAUCUUGGACUUUCUGGUCUCGCUGGUUCACAUGUUUAUCAGCAUCUUCAUAUUGAACAUCUACGGUCUCCUGCUCACUGUCACCAUCGCUCUAACCACCACCGCCUACCUGAAUCCAGAACUGACCCGACAGGCCGCCGUGCGAAUCGUGGAUUACGUUAAUUCCUUUCCUGCCUUGCACAGAUUUUAUCUGUCUCUCCACCACCUCGCUUCAGCCUUGCAGAGCGCCCCACGUUUUGCACGUGGUGCCGUGCGGCGCCUGCAAAGAAUACUCCAUCACCUCUACCUGCUAGAGAGAGGACUUUGGCAGAAGCUGUCUCGGCUCAGCAGCCAGCUAGGACUGGCUCUGAGGACGCAGCUCAACGGGGACAACAACAACAGAGAACGUGGCGGUGGCGACGGCGACCCCGGAGAGGAGAGGCGGGACCCGCCAGAUGGAAGAGCGGGAGAUGGAGCCCACCAGGAGCUGCUGGAUGUAGUUCUGCCUUCAUCGAGCACAGACAGACCGCUAAAGAAGCAGUCGUCUUCGAGCAAAGACAGUAAACCUCUACCUGCUGAGAACCUGCUGACUCUACUGAAGGAGCAGGAGGACAGGAAGAAGUGUGUGAUCUGUCAGGACUGCACCAAGACGGUGGUGCUGCUGCCAUGCAGGCACCUCUGCUUGUGUAAAGACUGUACGAACAUCCUGUUGAGGCAGCCCAUAUACCAACAGAACUGCCCGCUCUGUCGGCACAUGAUCCUCAACACCAUGGACGUGUAUCUAUGAGGGACUAAAGUGGAUCUGCGGGCGUCUGACCACAUGGAACAGCCUAUCAGUACCUACAGUUUUACCACCACUGAUAUUAUGUUGUAUGUCUUGUGUUUUUACUAGGGUGUGUUAAAGGAUAAGUCUGGUAAUAUUUUACAUUUUUCUUACUGUUAACAAAUCCCAUGAUAAGACCAAAAGUAACAACAUAUUAGUCUGUUUGUUAAUACUUUACUGCUUCUCCACCUUGACAGUGGCACUCAGCCCCAAGCCUAUUUCAUUUACACUGAAGAUGUACAUUUUUAAAAACAGCUCACAAAUAUUGUUCUAAAAAUGGUACUCAAACAGGUGUAAAUGGGUAGGUUUUUACCUAUCCUGUUAGUAAGGGAUUUGUGGGAUUUAUUAAUAAUCAAAAAUAGAGAAUAUUAUCAAACUUAUUUUAAAAUUUGGUUUCAGGUCUGUGCACUUUUUGAGAACAAAAAAGAAAUGCUAAAGAAAA